AUGGUCCCGAGGGAAAAGAACCAUUCUUUCAAACCUGCUUCAAGCUCUUCCAAGAAGCUUCAGCCUGCCUUCUGGCUCUGCGACCCUCACAAAACCUUCCAGGCGGCUGCAAACCUCGGGGCCCCCGCGCGCCCCCCGCCCCGCGCCCCCGCGCGCUCGGCGCCGCGCCCCGACCCCAGCCCCGGCGGCAGCUCCAGCCCCGGGAGGAGAGCGGACUCGGCACCCGGCUUUCCCAGGGGAGACGCGCAAGCCAGGCCGCCGCCCCGCUCGCCCUCUCUAGCCGCCCUGCGCACCGAAUUUCUCCGGGAAUCGCCCACACGAGCCCGGAGCUGCCCUCUCCUUCCGGCGGCGGCCGCGCGGGGCCCGCUGCCCGGCCGCCCGCCCCCCGUGCCCGCGCUGCCCGGCGACGCCGCGCUCCAAGUUCGCCCGCGGCCGCACGCGCGCGCCCCGGCGGCCCGCGAGCGGUACGUACUCGGCCGGCGGCUGCAGCGGGCUGGGCGCGCGCUCCCCCGAGGACGGCUCAGCCCCGACUCCGAAGUGCCGGCCCCCGGCUCUCCCUGCUCCGGCGGCUGCGGCGGCCGGGACGCCCCCGCUCCCAUCGAGGGGGGCAGGGAAGGUGGUGGGCGCGCUCUCCCGGCUCCCCCCCCAGCUCGGGCCCGCCGCUCCUUCCUGCCCGCCAGCCCCGACGGCGCUCGCUCGGCCGCGGUGGCGGCGGCGGCUCCUCCCGGCUCGGGCGCGCGGGCGGCGGCGGCGCCUCCCCCGCCGCGUCCUCCCUCCCCUGCCCCCUCCUCUCCCUGCGCUCCCCUCCCCUCCCCGCGCGCUGCACCCUCCCCCUCCCCCGCCCGCCUCCGCCGCCCCCACCCCCCGCGCGCUGUCACAUUGGGAGAUUCCGCUCUUGCUACAUUCGCCGCUCCGGCUCCCGCCCCCGCGCGGCCGAGUGACGCAGAUCCCGGCGUGGGCCGCCGCAGGGCGGGGGCGGGGGCGGCGGCCGCAGGGGCCCGGCGCGGCCUCUUCCCGCCGCCCCCGCCGCGGGAGCCGGAGGGCGGCCCAUUCACACGGCAGCUGGGAGGAACCAAGUGGGCGCCCGGGAGGGGGCGGCUCCCCGAGUCCCGCUCCGGGCAGGGGGAGGGGGCGGGAAGGAGGGCCCCCGGGGGUGGCGGCAGAGAGGGGACGUCGCCUGGGGCCUGCUCGCCAGCUGCAGAGUGAACCGGGAAGGUUUGCAAUUAAAAAAAUUUUUUUUAUUUUAAUGUGUGAGCUUCCCAAUAUAGUAUUUCAAAGAGCACACCCCGCCAAUCCGACAUCCCCUGGGAGGCUGCCUGUAAAGAGAGAGCGCGCUCAGCCCACGAAUCUGGGCGCCGGGCUCGCCCCCACCCCCGCGGGCUGGAGGCUGGGGGCCAGGCCCCCCCACCCCGCGCCCGCGGGCCCCGGAGUCCUGCGGGAAGUGGGCUGCGACGGCUCGGGGCGGGGGCGGCAGGUGCGCGGCGCUGGAAGAAAAGCUGGUGGUUCCGAGAGAAUCUCUGCCUCGCGCAUCUUGCCCCCUCCCCACCGCCGCCCUGGCCUUGGGAGUGGGAGAGGAGGGGAGGAAUGGGAAUCGACGAACCGAAGUGCACCUUUGACAACUGUCUUGCUUGCCGGGUAACUUAAUGCCAACCUUCUCAGCCCUGCUGAAAACCUGCCUGUUAUUUGACUGAAACAUGUUAUAGGAAUGAGUCAUGCCACAAUGGAAUAUAUAUAAUUAAACCUCUUUCUCCAGUGUUAGUGAAAGGUUCUGUCUGGAGUAGUUGUGUUGAUGUUUCAAAUGAAUAAGCAUGCUUACUUCCUCGAAUUCGUCAUCGGCUGAAGAAAUCACCGCUGGAACUUUGUCUCAGCCUAAUUGUCACGGGUUUGCAGCUGUGGACCCUGUUCUGCCAGAGAAAGUGAACUUAGGUUAUUAGAAUAAAAGAAAGACGAUUUCUUGGAAAGACAUGGGUUAAUAAAUUUUCAGGCAAUGAUGUCUGCAGAAUUCUUCCAAUUUCCGUCUGAGAUCCUGAUGUUUUGCAAACAUUGUUGGUUCUAACAGCUAGAGGAGAAUAACUUCCAGAAAGAUGCAGAGUGAUUCCCGAGUCAUGAAAUGAGUAGUCUUCCCUGGACUGUCGAGCCUUCCAGUGGAAUUGUUUCCAGAGUUGGAAAAACGACUUUAAAUCCUCUCCCCGAGCUUGUGUAUGUCCGGCCAGCACUGAAGGUGAUGCUGAGAAGGAAAUGUGUCAGGCAGGUACCUUUUCUUCUGACUUGUAACUGGCUAUUUCUAUAGUUAAACACUGAAAUCGCUCCUUGUUUGUUUUCUGGGCACAUUUAGGUAAUAUAGUCUUCCCACAUUAAGAAUGAGAUUUGGGGCCCACUUGGCUUUGCUUAAAGACCCCAUCGUGAGAGGAAGGAAAAUGAAGGAAAGGUAAAACGUUAAGUUUUUAGGCAUCCAAUUCUGUAUGUCUGUCUGACAACACUGUAGUUAAUAUGGCUGCUCAAAAAGAGAACUGAGGCAUUCACCUGUGUCUGAGACAACUCAGAAGGAGAAACACUGAUUCUUGUAUAGCUCCUCAGCACUUUCAUCCCUCACGCCACCUAAACGCUACACCUCAACAUAUACAGUCUGCUCCCGCUCCCAGGCCCUGGUGGUCCGAGAAGAGAAAGCAUGCCAUCCUGUAAGGUAACAAUUCUGGUGUCUUAGUUGUUCCAUAUUCCAUUUCCUCCUGUAAGUAUGUCUUAUACUUCUCUUGAAUUCAGUAAAUAUAUGUUUAAUAGAAUUUUCUAAAAAAUUAUUAAAAAUACUUCAGUGAUAAGUGCAUUUUUAAACAUAAGGAAUCCUUUGGACAAAAAAAAAAAAAACCAUUCCCACAUUAUGGAACUAAAAAGAAAGUUUUUAGUAAAAAAAGUAUUGUAGAAAGUUGGUUGUAUUUCUGACAUUUGAGUGAAAAUUUCACUGAAAGAGCAUUAAUUUAUUUCAGAAAGAUUUCUUACUUUAAAAUGCUUCAGUGAUGCAAAACAAAAGAAUGCAUAAUAGAUUUAAAAUGUUCUUGAGGAGAGAAAGAAUAACAUUAUGGUUUAUGACCUACAAGAUCUGAAAUACAAUAUAAUUCUAUCCUCAUGUUCUCCUGUUAUUACCUCAGAACAAUUCUAUACUUAACAAAUUUUCCACUCUGUGUGGUGGCGGACCUACAAUUAACUGAGUCAUGUGCAAUAUUUGUAUUACCAGAAAUAUAAUUAAAAUUUCCCUUAUUUUGCAAUAUGAAAUGUAAAGCUUUGGAUGUGUAUUGUAGAUUAAAUGGAUUUUUAAAUA